UAUUAAAAGCUCAGUCCAUCUCCAGCAUCCUCAGGGGCUCUCCUGCAAGGCCAUGAAGAUGAACUGCCUCUGCCUCUCUGCAGCCCUUCUCUUCCUCCUGGUUAUCCUGGUAGAUGGUACUCCGGUGUAUGAACACCAUUCCUUGGACCAAGGUCUGGAGACAAGCCUUACAAGGGGACCUGAGAAGCUUGUAGUAUCAUCUGUGAUUAAAGAAAUCAUCGACGAUGUGAUUAUAGGUACCAAAAUUAUCUGCAAGGCAUGCAAGAUGAUAAGAAAAGUGGCCGAAACAUUCAAAAAAUGCCUUGAAGGUGAGGAGUUGAUUUCCUUAAGGCACCUUGAGAACCAUACACUACAGGAGUUCCCAACACAUAUAUUGGAAGAGGAGAAUAAAGCAGAUUCUCAGCCUGCCUUCUGCCUGGAGCCUAAGUUAGCUGGUUCCUGCAAGAACAAGACAGCCAGGUACUUCUACAAUGCCAAGACCGGGUGCUGCGAGCCAUUUGUUUAUGGUGGCUGCGAAGGGAACAAAAACAACUUCAACACGAUAGACAACUGCUUAAAGUCCUGCUGUCCUGACUGCAUGAAGACCUGCUGCACACUGGAAGAGUCCCAGGGGGGACAUGUGAAGAGUGGUCCCUGAAACUCUGAAAUCCAAGGAAGACCCCUGCAGGGCUGGGCUGUGGCUGCUUCUGAAACAGUUCCGUCUCCUCGCAGUCCUUCUCUCCCCUACCCUCCUCAGCAGAACCUGCCUAUUUCCUUUCCUCUCUUGGUCAACAUGUCUAAUUCUGUCUCACCCAGCUGGCUCUCAGCACCUUGAGAGCAUGUCUCCCCUGUACCCCUAGCACUUCACAUAGUUCCUGACACCAGUGAGACAGUUUGUAAUUAUUUGAGGAAAGAAGGAAGGAAUGUAGGAGCACAUUCCUCAUGACCAGGUUAAGUACAAGGCUGCAGUGUAACACAGGAUUUUUGUUUUUACCUCCAUCCUCACGGUAUCCUCACCUUCAACCCGUCCCCACAAUCACUGCUCUCCUUCUGGGUGGCCAAGAGGAAUUUCCAGCAUUCAGUUCUCAUUGUCAGUAAUGAGAGAAGGGUUUGGGAUAAAGAAGCUUCUUGACCCCACAAUGAUGCUGUGAUUUUCCUUUCUGUAGCUUCAAACACUGUGGUUUAUAUUUAAAUAAAUACAUAUUAAAAAUUAAA